AUGUCGCCGAAACAGCCCCAGGCGUCGCUUUUCCAGGUAUUUCUUCGUCUACGACCUCCGAUCGCCCAGAAAGACGAAUCCGAGCGUUUCCUUGCAGUUGAGCCCCCAGAGACAUCGCAGGAUGACGCAGAAAUUGUCCCCGCAGUGCCGACGCAUAUCAUUCUUCAACCUCCGAAUGAUACCCGAAAGCGGGCCGUGGAGAAGUUUGGGUUUACCAAAGUCUUCGAGGAGGCUGCCUCGCAAUUAGAUGUCUUCCACGACACUGGCAUGGAGCCUAUCAUACGGGGAGUGUUGAAGGAGAACCGAGAUGGACUGGUUGCCACGCUAGGUGUGACAGGAAGUGGAAAGAGCCACACGAUUCUAGGAUCCAAGACUGAACGAGGAAUGACCCAAAUGGCGCUCGAUGUCAUCUUCCGCUCCCUAGAACCCACCGUCAAGACCGAAGAUGGAAGCAUUACCCCCAUCAUGCUUGCAUCGCUGGCUGCUACGGAUGUGUCUGAAGCCCAGCUGUUCUCGGCCCAGACCUUUUUGGAAGCUGUUUAUGGCGAAUCCACCGGACGCAGCUCAAGAGCACAAACACCCAUGAGCCCAUCUCGUGCAAACACGCCAUUGACGGUACGAAGCCCUCUUGCCCUAAACUCUCCUCAAGGACCGUCAACCCCGCGACCAAACCCACCUAGCUCGUGUCUCCCGAGACCACGGAGUAAACCUGGAAACCCUCGCAAGGUGGACGCAGCCCUGGUAAACCGUCUCCAUCACACUGCGCGAGCUUUCCUAGGCCAGGACUCACCCGAGCACACUGGACCCGUUACCCCGGGACUCUACAACCCCCUGCCCUACACCCACUCCAAUGUUUUUGAAUCGCAAUUAGCUAAAUCACGACUUUAUGUUUUAAAGGAACCUGCUCCCGCAUUGAGCUUCCCCCGCCGCAACAUUCGUGAACGACAAGGCGCGCUUCCUCGACUUCCUGACAUGAGUCACCUCUCGGUGGAUAUGGACUCCAAUGCCGACUUCGUCGUUUUGGUAUCCAUGUAUGAGGUGUACAACGAUCGAAUCUUUGAUCUCCUAUCCCCUGCAAUUGUUCCAGGCCAAGGAACCAUGUCCCGCGGCAACAACCAAAAGGAUCGACGACGCCCCCUGCUUUUCAAGCCAACCGAAGGCUCACCUGACCGCAAAUUGGUUGCAGGGCUGCGAAAGAUUGCUUGCGGCACCUACGAAGAAGCAUUGGCUAUCUUGGAUGUUGGUUUGACGGAACGAAAGGUAACUGGCACUGGAAUGAAUAGUGUUAGCUCUCGGAGUCAUGGUUUCUUCUCCCUGGAAGUCAAGAAGCGUACCUUCUCUAAGCGUACUGGUGAGGCGAACUGGGUAGGGAACGCUCUUACCGUUGUUGAUUUGGCUGGCUCUGAGCGCGCCAGAACGGCCAAGACAGCGGGUGCUACACUCGCUGAAGCUGGCAAGAUUAACGAGAGUUUAAUGUAUCUUGGUCAGUGCUUGCAGAUGCAAAGCAACAUCCAGGAUGGCAUGAAGACCGCACUCGUUCCAUACCGCCAGUGCAAGUUGACCGAGCUCCUGUUCUCAAAUUCUUUCCCUUCGCCCCAUCAAAUGUCUCGGGGACAAUAUCCCCAAAAGGCCAUUAUGAUUGUCACUGCUGACCCUCUGGGUGAUUUCAAUGCCACUUCUCAAAUAUUGCGCUACUCCGCACUGGCUCGUGAGGUUACCGUGCCCAGAGCGCCCUCAAUCGCUGAGUCUAUUAUAUCUGCAUCUGGAAGCCACCGCUCAGUUAGUGGCCGUGCUUCUGUGCAUGAUGGGAGAGCAGAGGAGCUCGAAAGAGCAGCUGGUGAGAUCACACGUCUUACCCGUGAUUGCCACGGCCUUGCUGUCAAACUCGCUGAAGAGGAAAUUGCACGGUCUGAGAUUGAAACAAGACUAAGGGCGACUGAAGAAAGAUGUCUCAUGAUUGAGCAAGACGUACGCGAAGAAUGCUGGGCAGAGAUGGAUGAAAAGAUGGAAGAGGAGAGGCGCCGUUGGCAAAAUGCUUGGGAUGAGCAGCUCGGCCGCAAUGAUGAGCAUAUCGACAAGAAGGUCGAGCUGGUUUCCCGUGGAUUCCAGAUCUUUGAAGACCCAAACUCAAAUGCACGGAUGGAAGAGCUUGAGCAAGAGAAUGACGAACUCCGUCGCAGACUCGCCGCUCUCGAGCGUGAGAUGCAUUCCCAAUCUCCGACCAGAAAGCCAAGGGCCAAGAACGCCACUCCCGCUCGUGCUAAUCUCUUGAGCCGCGAAAGCGACAUCGAGAAUGCAUUGCAACGCAUGGAUCAGUUGAAACUUGCUGAUACCAUGUUUGCUCCUCCGUCCCCUGGAGCAUCUCCUAUCAAGAAGCAGAGGAAAAUGGGCACACGCAAAUGGGAUCUCGCCCCCGAGGAGGACAUCUAA